AUGGCACUUCAAAAUGAAACAGCAGAUAGAAUGACAGAAUUCAUCAUAACAGGAUUAGAUGACAUUGAACACCCCAAAGCUGUUGGGACGGUCAUUUUGGUAGUUUACUCUCUCAUUUUAUUAGGUAGCUUGACCAAUAUUUGUUUUAUUGCUCUAGACCAACGUCUCCACACACCAAUGUACUUUUUCAUUUGCACUCUGGCAGCUGUGGACAUUUUGUACACCAGCAGUGUCAGUAUAGUUUUGUUGAAUAUCCUUCUAGGUGAAAUAAAAAGAGUACCAUAUGGACCCUGUGUCGCCCAGUUGCUUGUAUUUCAUUUAGGGAGCACUAUGGAACCCUUUGCCAUUGCAUUGAUGGCUUAUGAUCGCUUAGUUGCAAUUUCUAAUCCGUUGAGAUAUCACAGCAUCCUUACAAAGACUCGUAUAUUAGUUUUGACAAUAAUUGCAUGGAUGUUAGGUUUUACUUGCUCAGGCUUGGUGGCAGGUAUUGUUAAUAGACUUCCUUACUGUCACUCAAAUACCCUUAAAUACAGUUUUUGUGAAUAUGCUGCUUUGGUAAGAGUUGCAUGUGUCAAUCCUGAUGAUUACUUCCUUUUAGCUUCCAUUAUUUCCUCGUUUGUAUUAUUUGGAAACUUUGUCCUUAUUGCAUUCUCCUACUUGAAAAUAAUUUUAGCAGUGCUAAAAAGCUCCUCUACAGCAGACAGAAAAAAAAUGUUCAGCACUUGCUCCAGUCACUUGAUUGUGGUUGCUUGCUUUUUUAUUCCUAAAUUUGUGCUUAUAAUUAUCACACGAAUUGGCUUGGUGUUAACACUCUCCUCUCGCAAUGGUUUAAUCAUUGGCUCCACACUGGGUCCCUCACUUGUGAAUCCUUUUGUAUAUUGCCUUAGAACAAAGGAACUAAGAAGCCGACUCCUAAAAAUAUUUAGUAAACAGUCUGUUAUACCCAGUGAGUAA